AUGCAGUUCUUUAUUUACUUGUUGACUAUUCAAGUUCUUUCAGUAUCUGAAUUUCUCUGGCCAUGCAUGCUAUUUCUCAUUCUGACUGUAGUCCGUUUUGAGGAAACUCCAAGAUACAGAGACAAUUGUUAUUUGCAACCUCGUGACUUGCCGAGCCAAGGUCUUUUUCUCUUUGUUCAAAGCCUUCUUUGUAAUACUGGCUCAAGAUGCAAGAACAGCAGUUACACCGGUCCACAAAACCACUUUCGCACUUCCAGAUACCAACCCGUUCAAGGCCCCAGCAUGAUGGGGGGUGACCUCGCCUUUCUGAAAGAGAUGCAAGACCUUGCUCAGGGGGUUUCAGCAACAAUGGAAAAAGCUCUGACUUUACGAAAGCUUUGGAUGGAAGAGUCCAAGUGGUCCAGUUCUUCUCAUGGUUCUAUUUUCUCUCAAGAAAUAUCUUUCAUUAUAUUAAUAGUGGUUCACAUUUCAAUAGGAAACCCCCCAAAACUGGAAUUGGAACAACUUGUGUUGGCCCGAGACUUAGUUGAGGAGGAUCUCAGUAAAACUGAGGAAAUCAUUUCUGUUCUGGAAAACCUUCAUGACCAGCCCUAUAUUUGGAAUCUACUGCAUUCACUGUCAGAGCAACAGACAAAAAACAUUAAUCUAGAAGAUGGGAUGUACAUUGUUAUUCAGUUCCUUCAGACAUUAACUAAUUCUCUAGCAACUCUAGAAGGGAAAUCUUGGCUGCUUCUAAACCAAACUAUUUCUGAAACUAUGAAAAUAGGGGUAAACACGACCAUUACGGCACUGAACUUUCUACUGUCUGGGAGCAAGGAAGGGCCUGGGUACCAACUACCCCUCAGAGAUAUGCUUUGGAAUGAUCAGGCAAUCAAGCCACAGCUGAAAUCCCAAUUUGUAGUUGGUGAUUUUCUUACAAACAACAUCCUGAAAUAUAUCUAUGAGAUGUUUCAGCAGAAGCAAAAUGGUUUCCUGCCUCAGUUGCUUACUGGACUGGAACAAAGUUUAGUGGGCUUCAUGGACCAGCACCCCAAGAGUAGUGAACCCUCACAGGUGGCUUCAGCUCUGCCCACUACAGUUCAUCUCUUGAAUGAAAGUUUGAGGCUCUUCUCGCAUAAAAGCAACCUUGAUUCUUCAGUAAAUACUGUUAGAAGCAAUAAGGGGCAUACUAUUUUCUUCCUCUGGAUAAAAGAGUUUACAAACUACAAAGUGCCCCCCUCCAAAUAUUCUCAAAGAGUAGACAGUAUGGCAAAACUGCAGGCUGUGCUGCAAAAUCUGUCUCAGUGGCCACUGCUGAAAGGAUUGCUUCUGGUAGAUGGAGCGAUAAGAAAUGUACUAACCAAGACUCUUCGUUUCACCACAGAAAUUCUAAGAUGCCUGGAAAGACUGGUCCCCUUUACUAAAGCAGAUGGAUUUGAUUCAGUUCAGUUGGAUAUGGACACAUUCUUUGCGGAUUUAAAGCAGAUAUUGUUGAAGAAUACUACUGACCAGAAUGAAGAUCUACUCUCACUAUUCAAGAAGGCCCUGCGGCUUCCUCAAGACUCAAAAGUCAAGAAAAUACAAACCGAGUGGACAUGUCCUCCUAAUGCUUCCAAUGAAACUUUCAUUUUAAACAACCUGAUUGAUUCCAUAAAGGAAGCAGUUCAGUUUCUGAAGAAUGUAGUUACUGGAGGAUCCCACCCACCUUCAGUGACUGAAGAGCAUUUGGGUUGGCAAGAAAUAGGAGAGCGGUUGUCAGAAAGCAGCAGGUCUUGUUCCAAGAUCUAUCAGUUACUGGACAAAAAAGCCCCACUGGGGAAGGAUGAUUAUCACAGUUAUUGUCAUGAAAAACUAAUUUCCAUGUUAGCUGCCAAGACAGAAUUCCUGUGGACUUGUACACAGAAAGUUUCAGUGAGUAGAGCUUUUCAAAUAUUUGAAGAAGUGCAGUUUGCCAUGAGAAAUAAUGAGAAUUUAACAGGAUUUAUCAGGACAACCUGUGAAGUAGCUAAUUACGUGAACAGCCAAGAAAGUUUGUCAAAGGAUCGAUCCAAUGACUCCACGGAUUCUCUUUGUUAUGGACAAGAACUGGAUUGGAAAGCUAUUGCUGAUAACUAUUUAGUAUUUCUGAAAAACUUAUUCCACUCUCCAGUUACUUCGAUGACAAGAAUUUGGGAUUCCACAAAGGAACCUCUGAAGAAGGAAAUACACAAGCAGAAUUAUGAAGAUGAAAAGAUGACUUUUUUUCUAAGAUUUAUAGAUUUUUUGGAUGAGAUGUUCCUACCUGGUUCAUCUAAUUCAUAUGAAGGUCCCAAAUUUCCCAAUCUCUCAUAUCUCACAGACAUGUUCUUGAAUAAUAUGUUCUUUAAGAGCCAAGAUUCUGGAAUAUCAAGGGCUCAGGAUUCUGCUCUUGAUACUCAGAGACUUUCUGAAGCCAUUAAAGUGAUAAUAGAGAAAACAUUUGCUAUGAUUUGGUCGAAGAAUGCAUCAGUAGCACUCUUGCAAAUAGAGGAAUUGAUCCUUAGUAAAAUUAACAUAGGACUCCAAGAACUGUGGAUGUAUGAUGUUCCAAAGGGAGAAAAAGAAAAGUUGGCCAUCUUGUCUAAAUUUUUAAAUUGGUCAAUUUCCAAAAACCAGAGUGGUCUUAACAUGGAUUUUGCAAAUUUCAGUGAAAAUAUUAUCAACAACCUCCAUGCCGCUGGAUUACUGAAGCAGGAACAAGCCACAGCAGCUCGAAAUACCAUUUAUACUCUGAGAAAUGCAUCUGCCUUCAUCUCAAUUCCUGCUGCAUCUCAAAUUCAGCAAUUUCAAAAAAAAGUGACUCAUAUUUACCAAAAUAUUUUUAAAGAUAAAGAUGCUGCUCGUCUACUGCCCAUUUUUUCAUCUGUCUACCAAAAUGUCCAUACGUUUUUCUCAAAUUGCAAGAGUAGAGACCUUUUGCUAAUAUUCAUGAACCAAAUAUCAAAAGGCAUUUCAGAUUUUUUAGAAGAGUUUAAUUUCCAACAUAUUAACAAAACAUUUGAAAUUGUAUCCGAAUCGGCAAGUCUACUCAGUCAUCUCUCUGAAAAGUCUCUUUGUGAAAAGCUAUUUUCAGUUUCUAAUUAUUUGGUGUUCAUAACACAUUCCCUGAUUCAGAAAGAAGGUCAAAAAAUGGAAAAAAUACACUUGCCACUGAUGAUUCUUAAGCAAAGGUUCAAAAUGAAUGAAAAUUUUCAGAUUUCUACUUUUCAUUAUCUGAAACAGCUUUUUAACUAUUCAGUAGGAGGGUCACUUGAGGAUGAAUGCUUGGAUUUUGAAAUCGACAGGAUUCCUUAUGUGAAUUAUUCAAUUGAUUCAGAUAAUUCAGUAAUUCAACACCUGGGCAACAUGCUGUCAAAUUGGUCAGAUGGUGGCACUAAAUUUAAUGGGUCUUUAGAUCCACUAUGCACCAUUUCUUGGGUUCAGAUGUUGGGUGAUAUAUUGGAAGCCACAUCUCAAACCUUGAAAUUGGAAUUAAAGUUUAUCUCUUCUCUUCAGGUUGGACUAAGGGAACUUUCUGAAGGAUUAAAAUACAAAUUUGAUAUUUCAGAAAAAUGCACACUAAUUUUUCCCUACCAGGCUAGUACUCAUUUGGUUAUGGGCUUAUUAAAAAAUAUAACUCAGGCUAGUGCUAAUAGCAAUUGGAAUGAUUUUCAGGCUUUAAAUAGUCUUCUGGCUACAUUAGAAAAUUCAUCUGCUUCCUUGAGAUCAUUUAACGCAGAAGGGUUCAAGAAAGCAUUUUUAAAUUUGGAAAACACAUUUCUUGAAUUAAAGGAAAUUCUAUUAAACAUUAACAUUAGCAGGGAGUUUUUGGACUCUCUGUUUGAAGUGUUAAUUGAACUGAACCAUGCAAAAGAAUACAUAGACAGAAAUACAAUCUUGAAAGCACGUAAGUUUUCCAAAUCUCUACUAGGCUCUGGAGAAGAAAUUGAGAUGGUUCUGACUGAACUAAGAGAGACCAUGGAAUUCCUCAGAAAUGAAUCUGAUGAAAAUCUAAUAUCUUGUGUCAGAAUUUUCACAAAUGUUACCAAAGAGCAUCCAUCGGCUGAAGAAAGUAUUUUCCGGGGCAUUUUGACUAAUUUAAAUUCCAUUUUUAAUUUAAACAAUAGUGUUAGUGAACUAAAAAGUUGUAACAGAUGGAUAGACAUCAUCAGCAAUCUGAGAGGAAAAUGGAAUGCUAGUUCUCCCCUUGUCCAUGUCUAUGACAUUUUGGUUGGGUUUAAGUCUCUGGGAAGUGUCAGUGAUAGAGAAAAUGGAUUGAGGCACACAAUGAAAUUUGUAAAUUUGGCAUUAAGUAUUGCCAAUCCUCUUUGUUCACUGAGAGAUUCAAAUAUGAACUGUAUAGCUGUUUACUUUGCAAAUGUAACAGAUGUUCUAAAAGACAUACUUAUUCUUUUGUAUGAAAAAGAAAGAAUUCCAACACUUGAGUUUAUUUCUACCCUUUUAAGUGAUUCAGGGGACCAAAUUGAAGCAAUCAUCAACAAUUUAAUCAGAGACUUAAAAUUCAUGCCUGAUUCAAAACAGAAAACUUUCACUAAAUUGUUUACAGGAACCACAGUUAAUUCAAAUGAAUUUCCAAACCAAUUCCAAGAUUUGUGGCAAUCUUCAUUGGCAUUCUUGAGAGAAAUUCAAAUGCUUAUGAAAAAUAUUACAUUUCAAAUCUUACCAAACAACUCAUAUUCUGACACUGGAAAGCUUUUAAAAGUGUUUUCAGCCUUUCCCAAAAAGGAAAGUAAAAAUCUAAGAGAUUCAGUUCUCUACUUGGUUAGUUACUUUGCAUUUAACCUGUCUCACAAUAAGCAGUAUUCUCCAAAUGCAAGUCUCCAAACAGUAAAGAAAGCAGCAGGUUUUGAUAUUCAGAUAAUAAGGGAUGUGAUCAACUUUUUAAUGCCUUCCAUUUUUCCCAACGUUCCUCAAGAGUCAGGAAACAUGCAGGUUUUAAAGACGAUCAAAACUCUGAUGCAUAACUUAAAAAAUCAAGACAUAGAACUUUUGAUGGAUCAAGUUGAACAACUGAGUGAAAGCAUGAAUUAUUUCUUUAAGAAUAUCAGUACAGGGCAGAGUGGAAAUUCUAAGAUAAACCUGCUCGUUAGGUUAAUGGAGUCAUUGGUAAACAGCUCACGUUCUUGGAAUAUUAAUCAUUUGUGGCAACUUUCUCACCUAUUCCCCCCCAAAAUAGUUAAUACUGUAAUAGAUGCUUACUACAUGCUUCCUUACGGAGUGAGCCUGCUACAGGAACUGGCUCAGAGAAAUCUCACCGAUGCCCUGAAAGACCUCUAUGAGUUCACCUUGUCUCAUGGAACAAGCAUCUCCACAGUCACCAAGGAAGACAUUGCCAACACACUAAGAGACCUUCUAGAUAUUGUAGAACUAGUGAAGGAUAAGCCAAAUAUCUCAAUAGAAGCAUUAGGUUGUUUCCCCGUUAUAUGGUGCCAGAACCACACAACUUCAAUAUCUCAUGAGAAUGCAUUACUAGAAGCUUGCCGUGUACACAGUUUUGGUGAUUUUUCUAUAUAUAGCAAAAUGGCUGGUGUAUUUCAGCACCUCAGGCUGGUACCUUUAGGAAAUGAUUUACAGUGCUCAAAUGACACCUUUAUGAUGGACAUAACUCAGAAAUUGAUUUGUUUCCUUCAUGAGUUUGGAGAAUGGAAUACUAUUUUUUUGAAGGUUUCUGAGAUGUUCUACAUUAAAUCCCCCAUUCUGAAAGAGCUCCAAGUGUUUUGGCAUAAACUAGCAACCAAUGCCUUGCCUUCUGGAAGCCAAAGAAAUGAUAAUUACUCCACUCAAUGUACUUCCUCACCAAUGAAGCAAAUUGCAUUCCAAUUUGGCCUAAAUGAUAUAAACCAAACUGAAAAUGUCAUAGCCAAAGAUCUUUUUGAACAGCUAAUAGACCUGACCAAGGUGUUCAACCUGAAUGGAAAUGCAAAGCUGCGAAUGCCAAGCAACAAUUUUAGUCUGAAAAGCUUGGCAAAGUUUAACUCUGAGGACGUGGGUACAGAAAAUCUCUUUUCUCUUUUCCUAUCUCUAGUGAGACCUUUGAUGAUGAAAUCUCCUAAUGGAAAUAAGGCUUAUGAUGUCUUUACAGCUCUGUCAAACUAUAGUAAGAACAGUGAUAUACUUGGUAAACUUGAAACCUUGCUGAACGAGUCAGAGAUUGUUGUGAAGGACAUCAUGAAGGACCUAAAUGUUAAACACAUGCUCUCAGUGAUCAAAGAAGAAAUUAACUUAAUACAUGCUGUGGCUAUUCAGAACAUUAGCUUACCACUUGUACAGUUUUUGAGUCAAUUCAAUUCAUCAUCUCUGCCAGCAGUGAGAAUCCUUGAAGACUUUCUACUCUUUACUAGUGCCUGGCUACAUGAGUAUUUUAGUAGCAACUAUUCUCGAUUAAUACACACGUUGAUCCUUCUUAUGGCCAAUGAAAGUUCACCUAGUGAUAUAGCUUGGAUGGUGAAAGGUAUUACAGAUUUUCUGGAACACUUCAAGAAUGUCUCUAGAGAAGUGAACAGUCCCAUCACAUUUCUUGCUCAUCUGCUAAGCCAGGAGAAAUGGAUCCGUUUCUCCCUCGCUCAUUUGUUUUCUGAGGGCAUCUUGUUUAAUGCAACCCCGGACAUUGCUGGCAGGUCUCAGGAAGCAGUCCAGCAUUUAAAUCACAGUGACCUUCAAGUAAUGGACUUCAUUGAUCUGGUCUUUAAUUCUACACAGUUUGAAAACUAUGGGAACAAUCUCUCUCUUUAUCCUAGUAGGGCAGUGGAACUCAUAGAUCAGAUUUUGCAAACGUUCUCCUCAUCUUCAUCAGAAGAAAAUUUCGGGAACAAAAUAGUUCUCCUGUUGAAAGACUUCCAUAAAGACAUAGUUGCAGAAAUGAGUAUUUUCCCCAAGGAUAAGAUUUUAGAUAUUUUAAAGUUGGAUCCACUCAUUAACAUGAUGGAAGAAGAUAGCAGGAUGACAGGAAUUUUUUCUACUUUAAAGGAAAAAAUUUAUGAUCUAAUCAAACACGCAUUUUUAUUAGAGAAUGGGACAUUUCACUUUGACAGGCCACAAGGAUUGAAGUUUGUGAAGGAUGUAUUUAAUGUUCUUUUAAGAGAUAUCACUAUGAAUAAUAACUCUGAAAGUCAUUUUGAAAUGGUUUCAAUUGUCAACCAGUUGCUGUCUGUGAUGAAUCGCUCUGGAGACCUAUCCCAACUGAAUCAAGAUCUUACCAGGAGUCUUCUCCUUGUAAGGCAAGCUUCAGCAGAAUUAGAAAAUCUCCUGAACAUUAUUUUCAGAAAUAACAUGAAAGAUUUUCAGCUUUUGUAUCCAACCCUCCAAGAAACGGUACUUGCCAAAUUAACAGAGUUGUUGCGCUUGAGUGACAAAAAUUUUCCUCUGCAUAACGGAGAAGCAAUAGAAGUUACCCUGGACUUGCUACAUAUCAUCUCACAGACAAUUAGAGAACACGAUUCCCCUGAACCUUUCUUCCAAAUAUCGAAUACUUUGAACUUUUUGUUGCAGGACAUCGGUGAGUUUAGAGAGCUGGCUAAAUCGGUAGACAAGAUUAUUGAAUUUCUUAGACUUUCCAAAAAGUUUUCAGAAAGGAUAAUCAAUAUCUCUGAAACUCACUUCAACUCCAAAACAAAAGACUAUUUCCAUUUCAUUGACAUUCUCUUCUCAGCGUUGCAAGAAGCUGUUCAUGGUGCAGUGAAUGAAUUAGUUACCACUAAGAAUCCAGAACAUUUACCCUCUCAUAAAGUGGAGGACCUGUUGAAGCUAUUUCUUAAUUUGACCUAUAGGACUAUCCAGAUGAAACCAUAUAAGUCAAAUGAAUUUGAAAUUGUAAAUAUGCCAACAAGUUUCCUUAGAAAUCUAAGCCAAUCCAAGGACUUUACCAGAAUUGUAGAAGAUAUUUCUGAAUUUUUAGCCAGUUUGAAAAGUGAUUCUAUUGAUCUGGGAAAUUUUAUGGAAGCUAUGAUAAAUUCAACCCAAAAUUCAUCUAGAGGCAUUGCCAGUUUAAUGCAUGAGAUUCUCAAUGGUUUCUUGCCAAUAAAGGAUUUAUGUAGCAGCAUAAACUUACUGAAUUCCAAACUGAAUUCAACUCAUCACAAAAUCCAACAAACAAAAUGGGAAAUGACUCAAGAAGCAAUUCGUUUUUUCAAUAAUGUACUGUCACCAAAAAGUUCAGAAUCAGAGUUAUAUUUGAAAAUGAUGGUUUUGAAAGCUUUCUCCAAAAAUUUACUGGAAAGUGGUUUGAAUAUAUCAGAUCAUUUGCAAACAUAUGCCCCGUUUCAAACCAAUUUUUCCGAAGUCACAGAAGCAGCUGAGAAGAUCUUUAGUUUGAUAAAACAUUUUGCUGGAAGACUGGUAGGCGAGGCCCUGUUUUUUGAUAACCUUAACCUGCGUAAUGCAACUCUCCAACAAAUGGAAAGAAUAAUUCAGGUCAGAUUAAGUGAAAUGGUUAUUUGGAUGAAGAGGUUGCCAUUUCAGACAAAUCAGAUGGAAACCUUAUUCAAAAAAGUUUUGGACUCAUUUGGUGAUGCAACAACUAGAGAAAAUGUUAUUUCAGAUUUAACAAAAAACAGUGUACAACAGAUGCAAGAUUUUCCUCACACAUUCAGAUCUGUAUCACCUUAUGGAAGAUAUUUGAAGGGAAUCAUUGAAUUGACUGAAGCCAGGCAAAAAGGCCCACUGGGAGAGAAAAGUAUCUUUGAUAUAUGCCAACUCUUCCAGCAUCACUUCAAGCCCUCUGAAAUCCAGAUUUUGCAGACGGUGAAGAUGACAUUUUUGAAUGUAUUGUUGAUCCUAGCAGAUGAACCUACUUUUAUUAGAGACAGUAUGUGUGCUUUUAUGAGCUGUGAGGAGAAUUUAACAAGGCAGAUCCUCUUCUCGGUAAUUCGAGGAAUCAGUUUGGUAGCUGACCAUUACCAGGAGAUUAAAAGAAACUGGACCUCUCCCAUUCAUGGAAGCUGUGAAACCUUUAUAAAUGCUAGCAAGAAGCUUUCCUUCACCUUGCUGACCUGGAAGGGAAAUUUGGAACAUGCUACUGGCAGAGAUUGUCAUUGUCACCUGAUGUUAGAGGAGAUCCAACAACACAUGCAGAAGUUGGCCAAAAGCCUUGAGGAACCUUUGUCUAGAGAUCCCACUGCAGCUUUCCUUAGCAAUUUCAGCAUUAUGAGCGAUGUGAAAUUAAAAGAUUGCAUGCAGAAUAUCACCACAUUUACACAAGAGCUUCAUUCUUCAACUAACCUCUCCAUCGAAGCCAUCAACAGCAUUUUAGAAGCAAAUAUCUCACAUUCAAGGUUUCUUUACAGUACUGUUGCAGUAGCUUUGGCUGGAAGAUGUGAUGAAGAAGUUCUCAAUCUCCUGCUGACGUUUCCCAUGGAAGUCAAAACUUCUCUAGCUGUGAAAGAAUUAUGCAGCCUGCCUCUUUUGGAUGUAUACAGACUUCUCAUAGUGAUUGGCCAGAACCUAAAUUUACGUGCUUUCAUCUACAAAACUCAAAUACCUUCUGAGGCAGAUACCUUACUUAAAUCCCUCUUGGAUGUGGUUUCCAACAUCAGCUCCUUGCUUGGUAAAGCACAACAUAUUCUUGAAUACCUUCCUGAAUUCCUUCAAACCUUUAAAAACGUUGCUUUGUUUGAUAUUCCUGCUCUUCGACAGUUUCCACAGAGUGUCCAGUCUAGAAGUUCUAUCUUUGGUUCCCUUCAAUCAGUUAUGAAGAUGGUCUGUAAAAAUGAAGCUUCUUUUUUUAGCAAUCCAAGUAUGCUCUUUAAUUUGCCCAAGAUUUCUGAUCUUGUGGAAGAGGAUAAGACACAAUUCAACAUUCCCAAAAAUUCAACUCCAUUUUGCCUGAAGCUUUACCAGGAAAUAUUACAGUCCCCAAAUGGGGCUUUGAUGUGGGCCUUCCUAAAGCCUGUUUUACACGGGAAGAUCUUGUACACACCCAACAUUCCAGAGAUCAAUAAGGUGAUAGAAAUGGCUAAUUACACUUUUGCCUUUGUGGACAAGCUGAAGAGUUUUUCAGAAUUCUUGUUGAAAAUAUCUGAUAUGUUUAAAGGAAAUGAAAACAUCCAAUUGAUUAACCAGCUUCAGGAGGCCCUGAGGAACAGUUUCAUAAGAAACUAUGUGCAAAGUCAUUUGCACAUUGAUGUGGAGAAACUCAUUGAAAAACUACAAAUAUAUGAGGAUAUGGUGCACAAGAUGUUGAACAGCUCAGUGGCUGAACAAAUCCAUUUACUGGUUCGAGUUAUGGUAAAUGUGUCAUCAUGUGUACUUUUGGAUCGCUUCCAACCUAUGGAUUCUGUUGAAAUCCUGGAGAAGAAGGCUCGUGAACUCAUGCAACAAAACAAUUUCUUGGCUAGUAUAAUAUUCAACAGUUCUCUGAAUGAUGGGAAGUAUAAAGCAGAGUCCACACACCGCCUCCCACAUCACACUGUGUAUACGAUCAGAACCAGUGUCUUGUAUAGUAUGAGAACAGAUUUGAUAAAAAAUCCUCUGUGGAAAUUCCACCCCCAAACCCUGCCAGCUGAUGGAUUUAAAUAUAACCACAUCUUUGUUCCCCUCCAAGACAUGAUUGAAAGAGCCAUCAUUUUGGUGCAGACUGGACUCGAUGUGGUAGAACCAGGCCUGCAAGCACAAGCGAUGCCCUAUCCAUGUCACACUAGUGACCUAUUCUUGAACAACGUUGGUUUCUUUUUUCCACUGAUAAUGAUGCUGACGUGGAUGGUAUCUGUCGCCAGCAUGGUUCGGAAGUUGGUUUACGAGAGAGAGAUUCGGCUGGAGGAGUUCAUGAGAAUGAUGGGAGUGCAUCCAGUUGUUCAUUUCUUAGCCUGGUUUCUAGAGAAUACCAUUAUGCUGACAAUAAGCAGCUUGGCUCUGGUCACCAUCCUAAAAGCAACGGGCAUCUUUCUACAUAGCGACGCCUGCAUCAUUUUCCUCUUCCUGCUGGAUUUUGGGAUCUCGGUUGUCAUGCUGAGUUACUUCCUAGGGGCAUUUUUCAAGAGCGCAAGUACAGCAGCUCUCUGGACAAGCCUCCUAUACAUGAUCAGCUUCCUGCCGUAUAUAGUGCUAUUGGUCCUUCAGAAUCAAUUAAGCUUUGCUAUGCAGACCAUUCUGUGCUUUCUAUCUACAACUGCUUUUGGGCAAGGAGUGUUUUUCAUAACAUUUUUAGAAGGGCAAGAAACAGGGAUUCAGUGGAGUAAUAUAUACAAUCCCGUGGAAUUAGGAGGAGAUAUGACAUUUGGCUGGGCAUGUUGGAUGAUUCUUUUUGAUUCAACUGUGUAUUUUGUGUGUGGAUGGUACUUCAGUAAUUGCAUUCCUGGACCAUUUGGAAUAAGCCAGCCAUGGUAUUUUCCAUUUACUCUGUCCUAUUGGCAGAACCUGUGCAUUUUGGAAAAGAAACAGCAUCCCAGUGAACAUUCUGAUAUAUUCUUCCUCAAUGGACACUACAGAGAGAAAGGCUCAAUGACACAAAGUCAGGCGAAAAAUAUUCGGGAAAGACAUACUAUAGGAGUUGCACUGACUUCUGUCACAAAGAUGUAUAACGACAACCGAAAGACGGCAGUUAAAGACCUCACCCUCACAUUCUACAGAAAUCAAAUCACGGCGUUGUUGGGGCCCAAUGGGACUGGAAAAACAACCAUUAUAUCCAUGUUAGCGGGACUCUACCCGCCUACAUCCGGUAUCAUCACCAUUAAUGGAAAGAACAUGCAGACAGAUCUUGCAGCUAUCAGAAGGGAGAUGGGAGUGUGCCUACAGCAGGAUGUCCUUUUCGACAACCUCACUGUUCGAGAACACCUGGUCCUCUUUGCUUCACUAAAGGCACCUCUCUGGACCAAGAAAAAAUUACAUCAGCAAGUCAACAAAGCCCUCAAAGAGUUAGAGUUAACCCAACAUCAGCACAAACCAACCAGAGCACUCUCUGGGGGGAUGAAAAGAAAACUCUCAAUUGGCAUUUCUCUCAUUGGAAACUCGAAGAUCAUCGUACUGGAUGAGCCUACCAGUGGGGUGGAUCCCUGCUCACGCCGGGGCAUAUGGGAUAUUCUACUGAGACAUCGCAAGGGCCGGACACUCAUCUUCACCACCCAUCAUCUCGAUGAGGCAGAGGUGCUCAGUGACCGAAUUGCCAUUCUCCAAAAUGGGAGGCUUCGCUGCUGUGAUUCUCCCUCGUCCUUGAAGGAAACCUAUGGCCACGGACUCAGUCUGACACUCACAAAACAACCAUCCAUGUUGGAGAUCCAUGACGCUCAGCAUGUGGCUCGCAUCACGUCUCUGAUACAGAUCUACAUUCCACAAGCAUUGCUCAAAGAAAAUAGCAGAAGUGAAUUGAUGUAUGCAAUUCCAAAAGAUGCCGAUCAGACUUGCUUUAAAGGGCUAUUUCAGACUCUGGAUCAAAACCUACAUCAUCUGCACGUAACGGGUUAUGGGAUUUCAGACACCACCUUAGAAGAGUUGUAUUUACUAUUGCUAGAGUCCAGUAAUCACAAAAGCUAUAGCCAAAGCCUUUCCAAAUUCUCCAUGGUCAUUCUUCAUUAUACCGUUAGCCUUCUGCCGCAGCUUCCUGUCAGGAGUGAUUGCUUCCUAGUAGGAUUGAUUGGAUUUGCUUGGAAACUGGACUUUGCAGAGUCCUUUAAUCAUGUGAAUGGCUGGGCUCGCGAAGGUGAUCUUUUCAUGAGGAGUCAACCUCCUCCAGGGGAAUGCGUGCUUCUCAGCCAAAUGGUUGCUCUGCUGAGGAAACGGUUCCAUCACACUAGGAGGGGCUGGAAGGGCACCCUCUCAGACAUCGGUCUCCCCGUCCUCUUUGUCGCCCUGGCGAUGGCCUUGUUCAUGGUGAAACCCCUGGAGAUCGAAUAUCCCUCCCUCAGGUUGACCCCGGGACACUAUGGAAGUGCAGAAACUUAUUUUUUUAGCAGUGAAAAUGAUGAUGGAGAUCUUUCCCGUGUGCUACUGAGACACUUUGGACCCCACGAUCAGCUCUGUGCAUCUGUAAAACAAAAGAAAGAAAAUAUUUCAUGCUGGCAAACUGAUCCCAAUUCCCAUGAAGUGUUUCAGGAUUCAUGUGGAUGUUUGAAGUGUCCAAAUAACACCAUCAGCGUUCCCUAUCUGAAAAACAAUAAAGGACAUCAACUCUUAAACCUGUCAGCAUUCAAUGUGGAAGAAUAUGUGUUGAGACCUUCGAAAAAUCCAAGGCUUGGAGGCUGGUCUUUUGGGACGAAGCCACCACAUUUAGGUCAAGAAGCAAUAUUUCAAGAAUCCAGAACAAAGAAACUGGCUAAGGUAUGGUACAACCAGAAGAGUUUUCAUUCACUCCCAUCUUACUUAAAUCACCUAAAUAACCUCAUCCUGUGGCAACAUUUGCCUCCCUUGGUGGACUGGAGACAGUAUGGAAUAACCCUCUACAGUCACCCGUAUGGAGGGACCUUACUUAAUGAAGACAAGAUAUUGGAGAGCAUCCGUCAGUGUGGUGUUGCACUCUGUAUCGUUCUGGGGGUCUCCAUCCUCACCGCUUCCAUCGGCAGCUCCAUCGUUCAAGACAGAGUUUCUGGGGCCAAGAGACUACAGCACAUUAGUGGACUAGGGUACAGGACCUACUGGUUUACUAAUUUCAUUUAUGACAUGCUAUUUUAUCUGGUUUCAGUUAGCCUGUGCAUUGGCGUUAUUAUUGCUUUCCAGCUAACAGCCUUCACUUUCCGAGAGAACUUAGCAGCCACCACCCUCCUGCUGGCUCUUUUCGGGUAUGCAACGUUACCAUGGAUGUACCUAAUGUCCAGAAUCUUCUCAAGUUCCAACGUAGCUUUCAUCUCUUACAUCUCCUUAAAUUUUAUCUUUGGACUUUGUACCAUGUUAAUGACUAUUAUGCCACGGCUAUUAGCUGUGAUCUCCAAAUCACAGAAUUUGCAGCAGAUCUAUAGCAUUCUCAAAUGGGUCUUUACAAUUUUCCCUCAAUUCUGCCUGGGCCAGGGCUUGAUAGAACUCUGCUACAACCAGAUCAAGUUUGAUCUAACUCAUGACUUUGGCAUUGACCCAUACGUCAGCCCCUUUGAGAUGAAUUUUCUGGGUUGGAUCUUCAUGGAAAUGGCACUUCAGGGCACCGUCCUGUUCUCCCUACGAUUUUUCCUACACUGGGAUCUGUUGCAGAAACUGAGGGGUUCCACCUCCAUCAGCAGCAGCACCCUGGAUCCUGAGGAAGAUUUGGAUGUCAGAGUGGAACGUUUGAGGCUCCUUGGGGGCAGAACUGACAGGGAUGUUCUUCUAUUGUACCACUUGGAGAAAUGCUACCAACACUUCCACAAGAGAAGCACAGCUGUGAAAGAUAUUAGCUUGGGAAUACCAAGAGGAGAGUGCUUUGGGCUCUUGGGAGUGAACGGAGCUGGAAAGAGCACAACAUUCAGGAUGUUAACCGGUGACAUCGCUCCAUCAGGAGGCCGAGCUGUUUUCAAGACUCCAGCAGGAGAUGAGAUGGAUGUAUCCUCUGCCAAUGCUGCAGGCAUUCUGAUUGGCUAUUGCCCACAGAAAGAUGCCCUGGAUGAGCUGCUGACGGGUUGGGAACACCUUUAUUAUUACUGCAGGCUGCGUGGGGUUCCAAAGCAAUAUAUCUAUCAGGUGGCCGGGGACCUCGUGCGUCGGCUGCACCUUGAUGGCUACAUGGACAACCCAGUGAGGACUUACAGUGGAGGCACCAAGAGAAAACUCUCCACUGCCUUGGCCUUAAUCGGGAAACCCCAGAUUCUCUUCCUGGAUGAACCCAGCUCUGGGAUGGAUCCAUGCUCUAAGCGGUACCUGUGGAAAACGAUCCUGAAAGAAGUUCAGGAAGGCUGUGCGGCCGUGCUGACAUCCCACAGCAUGGAGGAGUGCGAAGCAUUGUGCACGAGGCUGGGGAUUAUGGUCAAUGGCAGUUUCAAGUGUCUCGGUUCUCCUCAGUACAUUAAAAACAGGUUUGGACACGGUUAUACAGUCAAGAUUUGGCUUAGCAAAGAAAUAUAUCAGCAGAAUACCAUCUCUGACUGUCUGAAGCUACACUUCUCGGGAAUCCAAUUGAAGAGUCAGCACCUUAAUUCAUUGGAGUAUCAAGUGCCAUACACAUGGGGCCGCUUAGCAGAGCUGUUCACAGUUCUAGAGAACAAGAAAGUUUUCCUGAAUAUCAAGCACUACUCCAUUAGCCAAACUACUUUAGAACAGGUAUUUAUUAAUUUUGCUACCCAGGAGCAGGAAAAUCGGCAACGAACUCCUGAUUCUUCCACCAAUCCAUAUCAUCUUCACCAUUUACCGAUUUAGAUGCUGAGACAAUCCUGAAAAAAAAAAAGAUUUUUGAAGAAAAAUAAUUUUUCAAUCAGAGAGUAUAUGGUUUAGAAUCAGAGAAAAAUAGCCAGAUUAUGUAUUCCCCUUCAAUCAAUUUGAAUGUAAAUAUUUCACUAAUGCCCAUAUAUCAACAUAGAACUUAAUCUAA